GAUUAAUACAAAAUUUCAAUAACAGAUCAAUUUAGAAAGGAUUUUAAUAUCAAUGAUUUUCCUUUUACAGCAGGAAGCUUUUGACAUGAAAGAACGCAAAAGGCUGUUUAAGGUGAUCCUUACUCUCCUUGCGUAUAUAGUUAUCCUUUGUAGCAUCCUGAGUAAGUCAGCAUUACAAAAACAGUUACGGUUUAAACAUUCUUUUGGUGAAGCUGCUUUGUUGUUACUAUGGAACUCGGGUGAUGUAGAAAAACACCCAGGGCCGCCUUUAAAUGUCAUGAAAACCAUUCGCGAGUUAGUAACUAGGCUUGUGAAAGAGGUACAAGGAAAGAAAGUAGUUGACUGGGCUACCGCGCCACCUGGCUGGGAUGAGAACGUAGUAUCAUUUCAGGAUAUUAACAAACUAAAAGACUCUGACAAUGAAGAGAAGUAUGCUAUGUUUUAUGAAGCACUCGAUGCAUGCAUCAAAAUGUCCGGUCACGUUCCUGAUUGGUGCGUUGAAGAGAUGACGUAUGUGGAAACCGGAAAUGUACCAGAGCUUCACAAGUGCCAAACAGUGAGGAAAGUAAGAGAACUUCUUGCACAACAUAGUCCCGCCGACCGUGAGGAUAUAAUCAGAAGGGUCAGAUACCCACGCCAGGGUGGAAGUGUUCCUGCUCAAGCCGUUAAAACAACCAAUAGAAAUCAACAGAGCAGACAGGAUAAGUGUCCCUUUAACGUACCCGGCUACCGACCAAUAUCGUCAAUAAAAGAGUCUGAUACAGCAAGAAAAAUUGCAAAGGAAUGCAUCGCGCUAUCAAAGAAUGCUGGAAAAUAUCAAUCUGGAAAUCAUCAGACAAUGACAAAGAAACGUUCAGCGACAACAACCACAGUACAACCUGCAUCAAAACAGCCCCGUACAUCAGCAGCAAACACAAGCACUCAACCAGCGACAUCAACUAUUGUCCGACCAAAUUCAGCAUCACCAGCCAUUUCGAUUGCGAUCUGCGCCCAACCUGUUGUGAACGCAACAGCAUCAAGUAAAAGACUCCCAGCAACUUCAACCAUUGUCAGACCGACAACAUCCACAAAUUCGGCUGUGGCAACUGCGUGUUAUACGGGAUCCCAUUCAUCAACAUUCUGUACAUCACGGGCGUCAAACAACAUCUCAACAGGGACUCUGCCUUCUACAGCACAAGUCAGCAAACAUCUAAACCAUGAUGGACAACAGUCAAACGACACCUCUACCGGAACUCAUCCUAAUGCAGCAAAGAACAGGCAACAACCAAAUCGUGGUGGGCAACCUUCAAACCUGAUAAGUUUGCCGUCAGACGACCUGGGUGACUUGGGUUUUUCAUCAAAUGUUGAUCUUGAUCAGUUUAUCAAGCAAAUCAUGAAGGAUAGUAAAAUGUAGAAAGAUGAUUGUAUAUUAAGAUAGGAAAUACUUUAGGGAUAGAAACAUCAGUUCAUUUUUCAGUGCUACGAUUUAUGUGAUCAAUCUGGUGUCAAAAAGGGUGAACUUUUUCGUGAAGUGCAAGAAAUACAAAUUCUCUAAAUGGCCGCCAAAUUUGUCAUCUUUUUUAAUUCUUGUAAAACAAUUAUACAAACAACAGGCAUCAAGUUUUUUGACACAUUUUUAGCUACAUGUUUGCUAUCAAAAUUGAUCAGAACUUUUUAAAUAUUAUAAAAAUAUAUUACACAAGAUCAAAUCAAGACUUGACCGUAAUUGAAACCUCAGAAGAGUAUAUCCCUAAUGCACGUCAGGGGUUCAAAGUAUUAGCCCCAGGUCUAAUUUCCUGUAAAUACCUCAGAGAGCUUUAUUGAAUCGCAUAUAUUUCCAUUUGCUCUGCAUUGCCACUUUAUAACCUUAACCAAACAAAAUAGAAAGAUAUCAGAUCAUAAUUCUCACAUAAUUCCCAUUGGUUUUGUGAUAUGAAGAACAUGUUCGUGACGUCGUGAAUAAAUGACGUCGUUUUGACCGACGUCAUUAUAAUCACCACAUCAAUAACAAUAAGCAUUCCUCGUGGUAACCCAUCCAAGCUACCGGAUUGAAAACACUCAACUGAUCAAUGUGCUUCGCAACAAUUUAUGUAAUUAUGUUGUAUAAAAGGUGAAUAUCCUCACGGUGGAAUAAAUUGAUUGAAAUAUUGAA